UAAUGGCUGCGCCCACAAGAAUUUCCUUUAUUCCAACUCUCAGUCACUCCCACUCCCAGUAUGUUUUGUUCGUAAAUUUUGAACAGUUAUAUUUCUAGCCGUCAGAAUUUGGACGGAACUCGCUACGCUUGCGAGUGAGUCGUGAAAAUCCGCGAUGGAGACAACUUCGACGACCUACUACCGAUGCCUGGCGUGCGGCGAGUGCUUUUUCACAGAGUCGUCAUUCGCGCGGCACUCGCGCACCGUCCACUGCAAGGUGCUGGUGUGCCGCGGCCACGAUGCCGAACCCUCGGGCGAGACCUUUUUGAGACACGCCUUGUCGCUCGCCGCCGUGAAGAUGGAGCCACCGGACGACGUCGCAGAGGACCGGCCGUGCGCGUCUGCGCCGGCGCCGGCUCGGGACGUCGCAUACGGUGUACAUGCGACGGACGACGGCAGCGAUGCGAUCUCGUCGGAUCCCGUCGUCGUGACGACGGACGAUGGCGUUGCGGCUUGUGCAGGGCCUGUUGCCGCAGACGACGACAAGGGUAUGAUCGCGCUGGAGGAGUGUGGGUUUCUCGCGGCGGACUUGCGCGCGGGGGCGCCGCUCCCAGCCGCCGCCUCCCGACUCGAGGACUUCCUCUCCGGGAUAGCUCCCGCGUCGCGGGACGAACGCGGAAACCCCGCGCGGGGACGCGAUGACGCAUGCAAGAGGAGGAGACACGAAACCCACGACAACAACGGCGGAGGAGGAGGAGGAGGAGGAGGAGGAGAUCUCGCGCGGGGGCGUCCACCGCAAGCCGGUCUCGGCAUGGAUGGUGGCGCCCUCUCCGUUCACGCACGAGAGGACGCGACGUGGGAUCGCGUUGCCGCGGACGACGGUGCCGGCGCCGGCGGGCGACUCGACUAUGAGCACGUUGAGAGUUUGCUGCGUGACGAACUGCCGCUGAGUUCGAUCGGCGGCUGGCCGCAGCUCGCGCCCGAAUGGCCGCCGGACGAACCGCCGCCGCCGCCGCCACGCGCAGCAGCGCGGACUCGCGACGGGCGGGAUGCGGCGGCGGCGGCACGGCUCCGCACAUUCGACAACGCAGCAAGCAGCAGAAACCCGCGGCGAAGUACUACCGCAGAUCCAGCACCGUGCAGAUCCCCUCGAUCCCGGACAACUCUGGCGCGUUCCACGCAGUGGCGCCGGCAAGCAGCAUCCCGGCGGCAGACGGACGACGGGAGCUGCCGCCGGCCGACGUUCCCCGUGAUGCAGUGA